CCUCCGAGGCGGGAGGAGGGGUGGGGAGGAGGGGUGGCCGCUUCCCCCCAUUUAGCUGUAAGGGAGCGGGUGCGGCGCUUUCGGCUGCCAGCGCGGGAGAAGGCGGGCGGGCAGCCGCAGGGGACUGUCGGAGGGGGGUGGGGGGAGCCACUGCAGCUGCGGCCACCUCUCCCUGCUCCUCCUCCUCCGUAAAGCGCCCUCCACCCCGCCCUCUCCCCGCCCGGGACUGAGUCUGGUGGCCACAAAAUGGCGGAUGGGGAGCUGAACGUGGACAGCCUCAUCACCCGGCUGCUGGAAGUACGAGGAUGUCGCCCUGGGAAGAUUGUUCAGAUGACCGAAGCAGAAGUUCGGGGUUUGUGCAUAAAGUCACGGGAAAUAUUUCUUAGCCAGCCUAUUCUCCUGGAACUAGAGGCACCUCUGAAAAUAUGUGGUGAUAUUCAUGGUCAGUAUACAGACUUGCUUCGAUUAUUUGAAUAUGGAGGAUUCCCACCAGAAGCUAAUUACCUUUUCCUGGGAGAUUAUGUAGACAGAGGCAAACAGUCUCUGGAAACAAUUUGCUUAUUACUGGCAUAUAAAAUUAAGUACCCGGAAAAUUUCUUUCUCUUAAGAGGAAAUCAUGAGUGUGCUAGCAUCAAUCGGAUCUAUGGAUUCUAUGAUGAAUGCAAGAGGAGAUUUAACAUUAAGCUGUGGAAGACCUUCACAGACUGUUUUAACUGCCUGCCUAUUGCAGCCAUUGUGGAUGAGAAGAUCUUCUGUUGUCAUGGAGGUCUGUCUCCAGAUCUCCAGUCAAUGGAACAGAUCAGGAGAAUUAUGAGACCUACAGAUGUUCCUGACACAGGCUUGCUGUGUGACCUACUGUGGUCUGACCCAGACAAAGAUGUGCAAGGUUGGGGCGAAAAUGAUCGCGGGGUCUCUUUUACUUUUGGUGCUGAUGUGGUCAGUAAAUUUCUGAAUCGUCACGAUCUGGAUUUGAUCUGUCGAGCUCACCAGGUGGUUGAAGAUGGAUAUGAAUUCUUUGCUAAACGGCAGUUGGUCACCCUAUUCUCAGCUCCAAAUUAUUGUGGAGAGUUUGACAAUGCAGGGGGCAUGAUGAGUGUGGAUGAAACUCUGAUGUGUUCCUUUCAGAUAUUGAAACCAUCUGAAAAGAAAGCCAAGUACCAGUAUGGUGGACUGAAUUCUGGGCGUCCAGUCACUCCACCUCGCACAGCUAAUCCACCGAAGAAGAGGUGAAGAAAGGAAUAACAUAGAAACACCAUCAGAUCUGUCAAGGACAAAACUCCAUAUUACAGUAUAUAAUGUGUGCACUGUAAAACCAUCCAGCCAUUUGACACCCUUUAUGAUGUCACACGUUUAACUUAAAGAGACGGGUAAAGGAUCUUUAUUAAUUUUUUUUUCUAGUAGAAAGAUGUGCGACACUGUAUUGUAACAAGUAUAGCUCCAAGUUCUAAUAUCCAGCAUAGAGUUAAAAAAAAAAUUAGGAAAAAACUAUUGCAACUACAUAUUCACACUUACCACGGUUUUUGAAGUUGACCAACAUCCCAGUUAAAACUUGAUGUAAUAGUUAAACCAGAUGAGAGCAUGAUGUUCCAUUUGUGUAA